GUGAGUGAGAGUCGGCUCUGUACAGUUCCAGACGAUCCCCACCCACACAAGUGGUCUAAUGUCGCGCGGCGGAUCAAUUCCUGAGCAGCGCCAGCAGGCGUCAGAAGCAGACGCCGCCGCCACCACCUUCCGGGCUAGCGGUAACUGCAGGGCGUCUGGGACUCGCUGGAACGCGGAGCCGAGCCCUCCCUUUGCUUAGAAAGUUAUCGUCCUUUCCCCCCCAGAACAUCAGCAUAUCCGCUACAACCCGCUUCAAGAUGAGUGGGUACUGGUGUCAGCUCACCGCAUGAAGCGGCCCUGGCAGGGGCAAGUAGAGCCGCCUCUCCUGACGACAGUUCCCCGCCAUGACCCCCACAACCCUCUGUGUCCCGGGGCCACACGGGCCAAUGGAGAGGUGAAUCCCUACUAUGACGGUACCUUUGUGUUUGACAACGACUUCCCAGCGCUGCAGCCUGAUGCCCCCAAUCCAGGACCCAGUGAUCAUCCCCUUUUCCAAGCAGAGGCUGCUCGAGGAGUUUGUAAGGUCAUGUGCUUCCACCCCUGGUCGGAUGUAACACUACCACUCAUGUCGGUGCCUGAGAUCCGCACUGUCAUUGAUGCAUGGGCCUCAGUGACAGAGGAGCUGGGAGCCCGGUAUCCUUGGGUGCAGAUCUUUGAAAACAAAGGAGCUAUGAUGGGUUGUUCCAACCCCCAUCCCCACUGCCAGGUGUGGGCCAGUAGUUUUCUGCCGGAUAUUGCCCAGCGUGAGGAGCGAACUCAGCGGGCCUAUCAGAGUCAACGUGGAGAGCCCCUGCUAAUGGAAUAUGGCCACCAGGAGCUGCUCAGAAAGGAACGUUUGGUCUUAACCAGUGAGCACUGGUUGGUACUGGUCCCCUUUUGGGCAGUGUGGCCCUACCAGACACUGCUGCUGCCCCGUAGGCAUGUGCGGCGCCUGCCUGAGCUGACCCCUGCUGAGCGUGAUGAUCUAGCCUCUAUCAUGAAGAAGCUCUUGACCAAGUAUGACAACCUUUUUGAGACGUCCUUUCCCUACUCCAUGGGCUGGCAUGGGGCUCCCAUGGGAUCAGAUGCUGGAGCCAACUGGGAUCACUGGCAGCUGCAUGCUCAUUACUACCCUCCACUUCUGCGCUCUGCCACCAUCCGGAAAUUCAUGGUUGGCUAUGAAAUGCUUGCCCAGGCUCAGAGGGACCUCACUCCCGAGCAGGCUGCGGAGAGACUAAGGACACUUCCUGAGGUUCAUUACCGCCUGGGGCAGAAGGAUAGGGAGACAGCAACCAUCGCCUGACCACACUGACCACAGGGCCUUCUGCUUGAGGGAACCAGGGACUGGGGUUGGGAAGAUGUGGGAUCAAUAAAAGUAAACUGUGUUUCUCAAA